AUGGCCGACGAACGCGAUGGCUCUGCUGCGCUAGAGGUGGAGGUCACUCCCCGGGCUGCUGCUUUAACCUCUUCCAUCCCCGACAACAUUCUCGAGUGCUAUCAGCGACUUGAAUCAGACAUCGCUGGGCCCUACUUCGUGUCGCUCAAGCUCGAACCGGGUGUCUUGGAGAGCAUCCGCCCGCAGCUUAAUGACCUCUUCCGUCGUUAUGACUACGACGCUGACGCUGGUAUCAUAACCAUCAGAAUGCCAUCCAAGAUCCACGACGACUUUGCCACCGAGUUUGGACUCGUGCUCCGGAAGCUGAUCGACGACAUCCUGCGCGCGGUACCCAACGCGCCUAGAAUCACGGACCGCCAGAGCCGACUGGUGAAGCUUUGGGAGCACGACAAGGCUAAAAAAGGUGGAGAGUGCUACCCGGACGGACAGUUCAAGGACGAUCGCGCCAGCAAGCCAGGUCUCAUCUACGAAGUCGGCUAUUCUCAAACCGGAGAGAGCCUUGAGAAGGUCGCCAAAGACUACAUCGUCGGGACCAAGCGUGCUGUCACUACCGUGGUCUGCUUCAACCUCAAGUACAACGAGGGUCAUUCGUUUGUCUCCAUCUGGCGAGCGAGAUCGGAUCUUGCAUCAGAGACGGUCGAGGCAGCAUUCCAGGACUCCAAUGGUCGAAUGGUCAAUGGCGACAAACUCGUCAAGCUCCGACUCACGGACAUGGCUAAGGAGAAGUAUUCGGACGACUACCCGCUCGCGCCGAUCCACAUCCCGUUCACUGAACUCAGCCGAAUUCUCGACUUUGCAAAGGCUCAGCCCGAAGGAAGCUCGCCAUAG